UUCAGGGCGGUGCAGCCCUGGUUCGGGAGGUUCAGUAAAAUCAAACAACAAAGGCGAGCGACGAAUUUUCCAACGUAUAAUAUACGACGAUAAAAAUAGGCAAUACGGUUGACCUUGGGCGCGAUGUCUAGCCCCCACAUUAACUACCGCUCGCUGGACGAAGAGAUGGCCAGCCCCUUCCAGGAGCAGCGUCGCCCGCCCGUCACAGUCACCACAACAACAGAAAAAGCGAAAGACGCAAAAACACAAGCAGCUGCUGCGCAUUUAGACCCCCUGGACGACCAUGGGAUGGAGCAGGCGCUGGAGGAGCCCGACACGGAACACGAGGCCGAGGACACGCCCCGGAACAGUGGCGUUAUGAUACACAUGGUUCCAGAGACGGGACGGGCGCGAUGGAAUCAUAUCGAGGACCUUGACUCGUUCUUCUCGCGUAUGUACCAGUACCAGCAAAAGCACGGCUUUCAAGUGAUCGUGCUGGACGAGGUGCUUCAAGUGCUGGAGUUCGGAUUUGUCGUUUGGCUGCUGGUCUUUGUGACUCACUUCGUCCGCUAUGACGAACUCUUCGGCGAUGUCCAGCACAACGGAACGAAAACCACGCUCUCUGACGUGAUCUAUCCCACGUCGGAGUGGGGAAAUCGCGUGGGAUUUUUCACCUACCUGAUUGUGUUCAUUGCUGCUAUCUACCUGGGUAUUCGCUUGCUAAAGAUGGUCUAUCACAUCACACAAUUCGCGGACAUCCGUCGCUUCUACAACUCGGCGCUGCACAUCGAGGACUCCGAGUUGGACAACUUCACAUGGCACGAGGUGCAGCAGCGCAUCCGACGCGUCCAGGCCGAGCAGCACAUGUGCAUCGACAAGGAGUCGCUCACCGAGCUCGACAUCUACCAUCGAGUUCUUCGCUUCAAGAACUACCUGGUAGCGCUGAUGAACAAGCAGCUGCUGCCCGUCCGAUUCCACCUGCCGCUGAUCGGAGAGGUGGUCUCCCUCAGCCGUGGAAUGCUGUUCAACAUAGACUUUAUCCUCUUCCGCGGGCCGGGAUCGCCCUUUCAAAACAACUGGCAGCUCAGGGAUGAAUUUGCGGUGAGAAGCAAUCAAACGGAGCUAGCCCAGCGCCUGUCCAAGCUGAUCCUGGGCGUGGCGCUGCUUAACCUUCUGCUGGCUCCCGUCAUCUUCGUGUGGCAGCUCAUCUACUUCAGCUUCUCCUAUGCAAAUAUCCUGCGCAAGGAGCCUGGUGCCUUGGGACUUCGAACGUGGUCGAACUACGGGCGCCUAUACAUGCGCCACUUCAACGAGCUGGACCACGAACUGGAUGCGCGGUUGAAUCGGGCCUACGAGUACGCAGACCGCUACCUUAACUCCUUCUCUUCGCCGCUGCUUGCUGUGAUAGCUAAGAAUCUGCUCUUCAUCAGCGGAGGUCUGCUUCUGUUCCUCCUGGUGCUGACCAUGUACUCGAUUCACGUCGCAGAGGUGGAGCACGUGGUUACCAUCAUGGCCGUGCUCACCACAGUGGGUGUAAUUGCCAGGACUCUCGUUCCCGAUGAGAACCUCAUUUGGUGCCCCGAACAGCUGAUGACCGCCAUCAUAGCGCACGUCCACUACCUGCCCUCAGAGUGGCGACAACAGGCACACACGGCUCGUGUUCGUCAGGAGUUCGGCCACUUCUUCCAAUUUAAAGCCGGCUACCUGCUCAGCGAAGUCUUCAGUCCGUUCGUCACACCCUUCGUGCUGAUCUUUGUGUUCCGGCCCAAGGCCAUGGAGCUAGUGCGCUUCUUCCGCACCUUCACCGUCUCCGUGCGAGGUGUGGGCAACGUCUGCUCCUUCGCCCAGAUGGAUGUACGUAAGCACGGCAAUCCCGACUGGCAGCUGACCAGCGAGCUGGAUGAGAUGACCCGCCCAGCCACCCAGCAACCGCACCAGCAACAGCAGCAAGAUCCGCAGCAGCGCAGCUUGGCCGGUGGCAAGACGGAGAUGUCGCUGCUGCGCUUCACUCUUAACAAUCCGGAGUGGCAGAUGCCCAAGGAGGCCAAGCAGUUCCUGCGCGGAGUCCGAGAGCAUGCUGUGGGUGAGUUAGUGCAGGCUAAGACAUCGACGGUGCAGGAGAACCCGCUGACCAACAGCCUCGUCUCGUUCGGUACCAUCGGCGAGGAGUACUGCUCCUUGGCAAACUCUGUGCUGGCCGCCCAGCUGACACCGCACCAGCUGGAGAUCUCGCAGUCCCAGCGCCCGGACGUGGGAGUGGGACUGAACCGUGGUCCAGCCUCAGGAGGAUUUCCAGUCGCUGGCAGCGAUUUCCGCCAGAUGCUGCAGCAGAACCUGUCCGCCAGCAUGGGACCCACGGACAGUAUGCGACACUUGGGACUCAGCCGUGCCGAAGGCCGUGUAGAGGGUCCUGGAGAGACCCUUCUAUACGGACUUUGCGGCAUGGAGCCACGCGUGGGCCGGACACCGCUGAACGUGGGCGUGGCCGAUAUGUGCCUGAGCGCCCUCUACCUGCACGAGUUAAGUCAGCAGAGGCGACAAGCGCGCCAGUCGCGCAUAGACGAGACGGAGGACGACCGUCCUGGGCCGAGCAACUGGCCACCAAGGCCACCACCGGCUGCUCCGGCCACCGCCGGCUCCCGCCAUACCGUGAUUACCUCAAAGGCUGCCGAGAGCACGCCGCUGCUGGGUAGCAUCCGCUCAUAGCAGCGGCCAGAGUGGAUCUAACCACUUGUAGAGCUAAGGACCACCCCCCAUUCUGCUAUUAGUGAUUAACCUUUAAUUAAGUUUUAAAGUGUGAACGAACGAGCGAGCGAGCGAACGACGUCGUCUAGUGCGUAGCUAAACUAAUGUCGAACUAAGCUAAACUAAACGAGAAGCAAUAAACAUAACUGCAUUAUCAAAAAA